AUGCCGCCCUCCCAGCUAAAGCGCCUCAAGGCGUCCCUGCGCGAACAGGGUAUCGUCGGCCCGCAGAAAUCCAAGAAAGAGAAGAAAAGGGCUUCCGGCAAGGAUGGCGCAGAACGCGCCGCUCGGCGCAACGCCGCGCUCACCAACAUUCGCGACAGUUUCAAUCCCUUCGAGUUCAAGGCCACGAAACCCGAAAAGUUCGAGUCUACGAGCCUGCAGAAGGCGAACGCCAAGAACGGGAAGAGUGCGGUGGGGAGGCCCGGCGUGACGAAGAGCAUGGGCGAGGAGAAUCGCCGCAAAACUCUUUUGCCCGAACUAAACAAGCGCAACAAAGCCGGCGGAAUCAUCGACAGGCGCAUUGGCGAGAAUGACCCGAAUAUGUCCCUUGAGGACAAGAUGAUGGAGCGUUUCACGCGCGAGAAGUCGCGCAAGAAGGGUGGCGGUCUGUUCGAUCUGGAGGACGACGAAGACCAGGAGGAGGUGCUGCUCACGCACGGAGGACGCGCUCUGGAACUCGACGCCGAGCACGACGACUUUGACGCCGGCAGCCUCUCGGGCGGUAGCGACGAUGAGGGCAGGCCACGCCAGCUCAAGAGGAGAAGGGGCUCGGAGGAGGGCACCGACCUUACGGACGAAGAGGGCGAGGACGAGCCGGAGCGCAAGAAGAGCAAGGCCGAGGUCAUGAAAGAGGUCAUCGCCAAGUCGAAGUUCCACAAGUAUGAGCGCCAGCAGGCGAAGGAAGAUGAUGACGACUUGCGGGAGAAGCUUGACGCGGAUAUGCACGACGUGCUGUCUCUCCUGCGAGGUGUCAAGAAACCCCACUCAUUGCCGGUCGCCGACGGUACGGAGGGUGCACUCGGAACGAUGAACCCGGAACGAGCGGCGCUCAUGAGCAAUGCAGACAAGGCCAGGGCUGAGAAGGAAUACGACAAGAGACUGUUCGAAAUGAAGCUGGACAAGCGCGCAGCUCCGACUACAAGGACCAAGACCGGCGAGGAGAGGGCAACAGAAGAGGCUGAAAAGCUGAAGAGGCUGGAGGAGAAACGAAUGAAGAGAAUGAGGGGUGAGGAGGAUAGCAGUGACGAAGAAACCGAGCAACCAAAGGACAACGUGGUACCACAAGGCGACGAGGAUAUCUUCGAUGACGCGGCCGAGUUUGGCUUCCAAGAUGUUCAAGCCAACUUGCGGCCGCCAGGAAUUGACGAUGAGGACGAUUUCGUCAUCGAUGAUGACCUUGUCGCUAGUGGCUCGGAGAUAGAUGAAGGGGAUGUUCCAAGUGGAAGCGAGGCCGAGAGUUCGGAUGAGGAUGGGGAGCCUCAGAUCAACGAAGAGGAAGAGGAAGACGAAUUUGUCCGCGGUAUACUGGGAAAGAGCGACGAGCAAAAAGCGCAGGAGAAGGCCCAGAACGAGAGGAAGGCACUUGAAACACAAGCCUCCAAAUUAUCCUACACAUAUCCUUGUCCUCAGUCACAUGAGGAGCUUGUGGAUGUGCUGAAGGGUGUUUCCGUGGCAGACACCCCCAUAGUAGUCCAGCGCAUCCGAGCGUUGUACCAUCCCCAACUAAGCGCGGAGAACAAGGAGAAGAUGGCAAAUUUCUGCGGAGCUUUGGUGGAUCAUAUCUCUUAUUUGGCCCUACAAAAGCCAGCCCCGUCAUUGGCAACUGUCGAAACCCUGAUCCGCCAUCUCCACUCGCUUUCUAGGACUUUCCCACUUGACGUUGCGAAAGCUUUCCGGAGGCACCUCGAACAGAUGCUCGGUGCUUCCACGAUCAGCCCGGGGGACCUGGUUAUUUUCACCGCCAUUGGAACCAUAUAUCCGACAUCCGACCACUUCCACCAAGUCGUCACUCCCGCCAUUACAAUCAUGGCACGUUGGCUCGGCCUGACGACCCCGCAAACACCCCAAGAGCUAGUUACAGGGGCAUACGUCGGUACACUGUGCCUGAAGUACCAGGCACUCUCCAAGCGCUACAUCCCCGAGCUCGUCCGCUUCACCACCCUCGCACUGAAGCACCGUUCCACGCCACCGGACAUCAUCAGCGUCCACCUCAACAACCUCACCACCAUGGCCGACUCCUGGUCCACCACGCCGGCCUUCACCGAGAUCUUCACGCCCACCGCCCUCGCCGCCGUCCAGUCCCUCGGCAAGCCCGGGCGCCGAGCAGCGCAGCACCUGUCGAUCCAGCUGUCGAACGCGCGGCAGCGGCGGCGGCCGCAGGAGCUGCACCACUGGCGGCCGCAGCCGAUCAAGUCGAGCGUGCCCAAGUUCGAGGACGGCUUCAACCCGGACAAGCACUACGACCCGGACAUGGAGCGGCGCGAGGCGGCCAAGCUCAAGGCCGAGUACCGCCGCGAGAAGAAGGGCGCCAUGCGCGAGCUGCGCAAGGACGCGAGCUUCAUCGGCCGCGAGAAGCUGCGCGAGAAGAAGGAGCGCGACGCCGCGUACGAGGCCAAGUACAAGCGGCUCGUCGCCGAGAUCCAGGGCGAGGAGGGCGCGGAGAAGAACGCGUACGAGAGGGAGAAGAGGGCGAGGAAGGGGGCGAGGAAGUAG